AUCUUCGGUUGUAUCAGGUAACAGGAGUGAUUUUGAAAGGGGAAAAAAUGAUGACCCUCUUUACCUGUUGAACAAAAUCUUAAACGAUGAAAUACCAGAUGAAGAUGAGGUGGACUAUUCACCUAUAAAUUACUACGAACAUAAGGAGUUGAGCACGUAGCUGAAGUGGACUAUUCGCCUAUAUAUUACUAAGGACAUAAUGAGUUAAGCGAAGCUAGAAUGAUGUCUUCUAUUAUUUAGACUAUCUGGAGUAAUUUUGGGCUAUAUAAUCAUUGACAUGAGAAUUAUUUCAGUAACAUAUUCUGUUUUGUCAAAACUGACUAAAUAGAAAGAAAUGCAAAUGUGAUAUAAUAUUUGUUAAUUAUAAGUGAUGUUUGUUUGUUUUUCCUAACAGCGAUUCAAGUCGCUGAGAUUUACUUUUCUUUGCGAUUCAAUCAAAUAUAGGUCGGCAGUUUACAAAUUUGUCAAAACUGACUAAAUAGAAAGAAAUGCAAAUGUGGUAUAAUAUUUGUUAAUUAUAAGUGAUGUUUAGUGUUUUGGGGGGGGGGGGUUAUUUUAGGUUUGGAGUUGAUGGGAGCGGUUAACGGAUGGGAUCUUGGGACGGAUGUGGGGAGGAGUUUAGGUUAUGGAUGAGGGAAGGAGUUCUGAGGAGUAUUGAGGGAAUGAGUUGUUACACCUUCAAAUUAUUAUUAUUAUCAUUUCUGUAACAUGAUACACUAAGGGUGUCACAUUUUGUCGUACGUAUUGAGAUAUACAUUACAAUCAUUUUAAAUUAACAUAAACUUUGAUAAAAAAUGUAUCCUAAAAAUGUACGAAAUCGUUAAGAUUUUAAAAAUAUUAAAAAACAUUAUGCGCAUAAAGUAAAAGUACGGCAACACAUCUUGAUCGAUUACGUGCGUUUGUAAACGGUGCAUAGCUCCAGCCACAUGUAUUCCCUGACAUUUCAAGGAAGCUGUGUUUGGGCAGUUGAUGUUGGAUGUGGGUCUCUAAACGUAUAAGAAUUCCGAUAGAGAUUUAAUAAGACGGCGCCAGCGGUUAAGCCCUCUAUUGUUAAGAAAUUUCGCUUUUCUUGAAGUGUACUGUCUAAACGGAAGGGUAAGGCUGGUCGGUCAAUGACUUUUUAGACAACUAAGAAAAACGUACGUUUUCUGAAGCAGAUUCUAUAUUCGCCCAUACGAAGUAUAAGACGAACAUCUUUGAAACUGAAUAUAAGCAAAACGUCCGUUCGGCGUUUUUCGAAUGACGUAGGUGCCUUUUCAUACUGGAUACAGGCUGAACAGCGCUUGAACAUCAGAUGUGCCAGCUAGGAUGAUGUGCUGUGGAGCAUUUUCGUCAUGGUGAACGAGACUCCAUAUAUAUUUUUUAGGAAUGUAUGGUUCCUUGUACGAAAGUCUCAUUCACUUAGACGUAUACAUCAAUCGCCAGACAACUCGCUUUCUAUGUUUUUGAGCGUCCAGAUUGUAUUAUCCAGAAAACGCUACACAUUACACGUGUGAAGCUAUAGUGUACCAUUUCAGUAAACAGUUCAUUAAUAUCAGGCCGCAAUUAGGAGAAGGCAUGGUGAUCGAAACAUUUCUUCAUGACUUGAGAAGGUUCUGCCGUGCAAGAAAACUUCACGCGGAUAGACAGUGGUAUAAGCAGGACGGGGGUGAUCACUCAAACCGCUCUAGAGUCUAUUGCCAUGCUGCAGAAGAACUUUUACUGGACCAAUCAUUUCAAGUGUGACUGACUUCCAAUUCCAGUUUAACUCCCCUGGUCUUACGCCAUCUUAUCUUACGAUCUUUCGCCACCUGAUCGCACACCACAUCAUUUAAGGAAUUUUUUUUAAAGGAUUAGUGUGUUCAACUGUGAAGAUCUGCAAAGAAUUAUACCUGCAUUUCGCGAGAAAUUAGUCUCCGUUUACAGGAGUCUGCAACAAGUAUGGUUCAGUGUUCUGUUUGAAGCACUACGUGAGAGAUAUGAACACAGUCUACAGCGAGGCGGUGCACACUGUUAACGUUUACGUUACACAUACCGUGGUUAAUCAACACGCUAAUGGUGCGUAUGAUAGAUUCUGUCAGGCGAAAUAAAUGACCUGAUGACGGCAAGGAAAUAGUGUUUGUCUUUUCUGUUCAGUACUGUUAAUUUUGUAGUAUGUUAAGUACUUAAGUAACAAUUUUUCAAAAUGAGUUAAGAAAGGCGUUAUAUAUUUCAUUACUUCCCCAAAAUCAUUCCUUUAAAUAUUAUUCAUGAAAAAUAUACUUAAGUGUAUGAUUGAGAAAUACCUCGAG